AUGUCAUUACUAUCAGGAGCAACCCUUAUUCUUGCUCUUCUUAUCUGUUUUCAUCAUUGGACAUGUUUAUCUAAUAGACUACCAUCAGGUUUUGUCUAUGUACAUGAUAUUAUACCAGAUAUACAAAUAAGUUUACGUUAUGCAAGUGAAGAAAAUUUUAUGGGUCAUGUUGUUAAUGGUUAUUUAUCAAAUGUUUCCAUCAUGACUAAAGCAGCAGCUGUUGCGUUAAAACAAGCACAAUCAUUAGCAAAAGAAAAUUCUUAUGAAUUAGUUAUUUAUGAUGGAUAUCGUCCACAAAAAAGUGUUAAUCAAUUUUUUAAUUGGAGUCAAAAUUUAAAUGAUUCACAAAUAAAAAAAAGCUUCUAUUAUCCACGUAUUAAUAAAGAAGAUACAUUUGAACUUGGUUAUAUUGCUGAAAAAUCUGGUCAUACAAGAGGAAGUACAAUUGAUUUAACUUUAAUUUUACUUGGAAAACAUGUACAAAGUCCAUUAAAAGCAAUUGAAAGAAAUUUAACAGAUAAUUCAAAAAUAUUAUAUUUAGAUGAUGGUACUAUUGAUAUGGGAUCUUCAUUUGAUUUAUUUGAUGAAGCAUCACAUACAAAUAGUACACUUGUAAAUAAAGCUUAUCAAGAAAGACGAAUAAUGUUUAAAAAUCUAAUGGAACAAGUUGGUUUUAUUAAUUAUGAUAGAGAAUGGUGGCAUUAUAGACUUAUAAACGAACCAUUUCCAGACACAUAUUUUGAUUUUGAUAUUGAAUCAUCAUUAGAUCGUUUUAAUUAUGAUAAAUUACGCUCAUCAAGCUUUGGUGAAUCUUUUCCCAGUAUAAAAACUAAUAAUGUAGAAACAACAGCAAUAUUGUCAAAUUUGUCUCGUUGUCCUGAGAGCAUAGACAUCACUAAUCUGACUGAUGAAGAUCUUGAUAAAGCAAAUCUUCGAACAGUAUCAAUGAGUUAUUCAGAAGAACAAAAUGUUAAUGAAGAUAAUCAUUCUCUAUCGUAUAUAAAUAAAGAAGUCGAUAAAUUAGAAAAAACAAAAGAACUCAGUCGAUGGGAUGAUGCUUUGGAAAAAUAUGAACAAAAUCAAGAAAAAAAUGAAAUUCCUCUAAAAGAUGAAAAACUCAAUGAAAAUGUUGAUAAUAUUUCUGUACUUCCAAUAAGUGUACCUUCAACUGAGAUAGUUCAUGUAAAUGUACAAGAAUUUAAACCAACAUCUAUUAAUGAUCCAAUAUUUCCAGUUCUUCGUAAUCUAUUUGUACGUUCAUUUGAUGAAUAUUAUAAACAAAUUGAAGUUCAAUUAAAUUUAAAAUCUGAGAAAACUCUUACUCAAUGGCUUGAUGAAACAUUUAAUGAUGAACGAGAAACUAUUUUAUCAGGAGAAUAUCGUUGUUUUAUUUUAUGUAGUAAUCAAUGUCAAGAUUUAAAAGACAAUAUCUUAGGAUUUUUAACAUUAAAAGAAGAAAAGAAAGGAUCAAUAUAUAUUGCUCAAGUAGCUGUUCGUCUUGAUAUUAAACGACGAGGUUAUGGAGUUCAACUAUUACAACAUUUACGUAAUAUUUAUCCACCAAAUACUUACUAUUGGGGUUUAUGUCGACGAGCUAAUCGACCAGCUUUACAAUUUUAUCUUAAAAAUGGUGCAAAAUUUAUGACCGAUGAUGAUGUAGCAACUAAAUAUGGAUAUGAUCCAACAUUAUAUGCCGGUUUUGAAUUUCUCGAUACUAUUUCUGUUAUCAUUCCGCAACUAAAAACAAUGGUAAGAACAGAAUCAGAUGUUAAGAAUUCUGAUCAACAACCAACAAUAAUAACAACAUUUAAAAAUAAAAUGGGUACUGCAUUUCGUAAACGAUUAAAAUCAUCAUCUAUACAAGAAGAACUUAAAAAAAAUUCUCUUUCAUCUUCAUCAACUGAACAAGAACUAUCAAAUGAAUCUUUACCUAAUGGAAUAACCCUUGUAUGGCUUGAUCCAUGUGUUGGUGAAUCUUAUUCAAAAAAGGAAAAAAAUAUUCUCAGUUAUUUACGUCAAUUAAAUAUAGGUUCCAUUCGAAUCUAUGAUAAUGUUAAUUUAUGUCUUGAUUUUUUAAAAUCCAUUCCACAGGUUGAAAAUAGUCAAUGUUCAAAAAUUUAUUUUAUUGUAUCCGAUGUAUUUAGUUUAGAAAUUUUACCUGAAUUAAAAUCGUUGCCAAUUAUUGAUUCAGUUUUUAUUUUCUCUAAAGAUUCAUCAAAAUAUAAAGAAUUAAUUAAAGAAUAUGAACCACUUAUUAUUGAUAUUUGUACGAAUAUUGAUGAUUUAUAUAAUCGUAUUAAUAAACAAAUAGAAGAACAUGAUGAAUUAAAAUUCGUUUUUCAUUUUUUUUCACAAGAACAAAAUACAACAAGAGAUUUAACAAAUGAUUCUGCUUCAUUUCUUUGGUUUCAAUUAUUUCAAAUAAUAAUAAGUGAUUUAAAAUGUACAGAAAAUGAUAUGAAUAUAAUGCUUAAUUAUUGUUCAAAACAGAUACAACAAGAUAUAAAUAAAACGAAAACUUUAUUAGAAAUAGAAGAAUUUCGUCAAACUUAUACAAGUAAAGAUGCUAUUUAUUGGUAUACAAAAGAAUCAUUUGUUUAUCGUCUUCUCAAUAAAUCAUUACGUACGGAAGAUAUUGAAACAUUGUAUAUAUUUCGAUUUUUUAUUGCUGAUUUAUGUAGACAAUUAAAAAUUGAACAUGAAAAAUUUCGUACAAAUCAAAAUCAAUCACCUAUUUUAACACUUUAUCGUGGUGGUCGUAUUUCAUCGAAAGAAUUAGAUAAUUUAUUUCAAACAAUUGGAAAUUUAACAAGUUUAAAUGGAUUUAUUUCAACAAGCGUCGAACAACGUGUAGCUAUGGCAUUUUUACAAAAAAAAACAUCAAGAACAGAAAAUAUUGAAAAAGUUUUAUUUAUUAUUGAAGUUGAUAUUCGAUCGGAAUAUAUUAUAUGUGCAUAUUUAAAAGAAUUAAGUGCAUUACAAGAUGAAGAAGAAGUUUUAUUUAAUAUUGGAACUGUUUUUUAUCUUAAUAAAAUUGAAUAUGAUUCAAUUGAAAAAAUUUGGAAUGUUUAUAUGAAAGCUACAGAAGCAGGUAUAAAUGCAGUACGUGAUUAUAUUGAAUUAAUUCAUCAAGAAUUAACAGAUACAAGUGUUUCAAUUAUAUUUGGACAACUUUUUCUUCAAAUGGGAAAAUAUAUUGUAGCACAAAAAUAUUUUCUUGAUUUACUUGAACAUUCAAAAGAAGAUGAUCCAGAUUUACCUCGUAUACAUUAUCAUUUAGCUUUAACUUAUGGUUAUCAAUAUGAUUUUAUGCAAGCUGAAAAUCUUUUAAAAGAAGUUUAUCAAUUUUAUAAAACAAAUAAAGGAAAUAAUAUUGAUCUUACUCGUAUAGAAAAUGGUCUCGGAUGGAUGUAUCAUCAUAAUGGAGAAUUAGAUGAAGCUAUGAUUCAUUUUCAAGCAGCAUUUAAUCUUGCUCCAUAUCAAUUAGAGUUAAAUCAUUUAAUUCAUGCACAAACAUGUAGUCUUCUUGGUGAUUAUCAAGCUGAAAUACUUAAUAAAAAAGCAUUAGAAAUUGAACGUCUACAUUUACCUGCCAAUCAUCCUCGUAUUGGUGUAACAUUUAAUGAUAUCGGUGAUGUAUUUCGUAAACGAAAAGAAAUGAAAAUAGCAUUACACUAUUAUGAACAAGCUGAAAUAAUUUUUCAUCGAAGUUUACCAAAAUAUCAUCCUUAUAGAGCUUAUUGUUGGUCAUGUAUGGGUUUUGUCUAUCUUUAUAAUAAAAAAAUAAAACAAGCUCAAGAAUAUCAUGAAAAAGCACUUGAAAUUUAUCGACAUGUUUUACCAGCUGAACAUAUAAAUAUAAAAAUAAGUGAAAAAAAUUGUCAAUGUACAGAUUUUCAAAAAAUAAACGAUGCUUAUAUUAAAGUUUGCUCACAAGUUUAA